AUGAAAUCAUGUUCCAUCCCAUAUGAUCUCAUGAUCGAGAUAUUCUCGAGACUGCCUAAAAAAUCAGUCGCUAGGUUUCAUUGCUUGUCGAAGCUAUGGGGUUCCACGUUUAACCGUCCAGAUUUCACCAAGCUGUUCUUGACCAGAUCCUCUGCUCGUUCACGUCUCUUAUUUGUAGUCAAACAACAAGAAAGCACAGUCCAAGAAGGCAAGAAAUGGAACUUUUACUCGUCGCCUCAGCGUCAAAAUCCAUAUGAGAAGUCGUCGUCGUCUCUUGUAGCAGUCGCCGAUUUUCAUAGGGAGUUUCCUCCAGGAAAAAUGACGAUCAUGAGUACUAGUGUCCGAUCAUUCUCAUGUGGCUAUGAUUCUGGUUUGAUCUAUCUCCAUGCCAUGUAUUUCGCAAACAGUGAUUUCUUUUCUGUGAUAUGUAACCCUAAAACGGGACAGUACGCGAACUUACCUUAUCUGAGAAGGUACAGAAAGGCCGAUAGCUUUUUCGGGUUUGAUCCGAUUGACAAACAAUUCAAGGUAUUGUUCAUGGCUUACUCAAGUGGUCCUGGUCAUCAUAAAAUUAUGACGCUAGGUAGUGAAGAAAUGAGGUGGAGAACGAUAAAGUGUUCCUUAAGACAUGCGAUUGUGAGUCAAGGAGUGUGCAUCAAUGGGGUUUUGUAUUACUUAGGUGAGGAUGAGAUGGAUGAGAAAUUUGUGAUAGUUUGCUUUGAUGUUAGGUAUGAGAAAUUCAAGUUUAUUUACCUGGAAGGCUUUUGUCGAUUGAUAAACUAUAAAGGUAAAUUAGGUGUUGUUUAUUGGGAGGAUAAAAACGUUCGUUGGAAGGAUAAGGCCGAUGGUAAUGCCAUUGGGUUGCGUGUGUGGGUUCUAGAGGAUUCCGAGAAACAAGAAUGGUCCAAAUAUGCCUACACUUUGUGGGAUGAUAACUUCUUCUUGGAUGAUGGCUCUUAUGUUUCCGUAGCUGUCGUCGGAGUGACUGCUAAGGGUGAAAUUGUUUUGUCGAUGACUCAUUAUACAUGUAAACAACCGUUUUAUGUUUUCUACUUCAAUCCUGAAAGGAACACUCUCCAGAGUGUUGAAGUCAAAGGUUUUGGAGCUAACAAUGAAGGCUUUGAGAAACGUAGAGUUUACACCUUUGUGAACCAUGUAGAGGAUCUUAAUAUCAACGAUGCAAAGCUACUCAAGCAAAUUAGUAACUGUGAGCCAUUGAAGACAUACGAAGAACAAGAUUGGGAGGCGCAGUGGCCGUCAGAAUCAGAAUCAGAAGAAGAUAGGGACGAAAAUUGGAGUUAG